GGUUUGCACUGUAGGUGGCUGUGCAGUCGUAAAGCCAGCAUGUUCUUAUCUGCAGUCGUCGCAGCGCUGUCAACACCUGUAGAUAAAGCAACACGCUGGCCACUGGUAGUGUAAGCGACAGUCGUGAAGUAAGUAUGUCCCGCCCGUUUCGGAGUUGUCUUUAUGGCACUGCGGCAUCCAUUGUCGCUACACGCGCUUGAUUGGCCCGCUUCCAAAAGUUGGCCGGUGCACUGCACCGAUCACUUCAACCACCGCGUGAUCGUGCUCGCCGAACCAAGAGGCUUCGCCCUAAAUUUGUAUAUGAUAGCGCUGAUCUGGAUGUCCCAUAAUUUCUUUUUUUGUCUGGCAUGCCCAGUACAAAAAACCGGCAGAGUACGCGAAACCAGUACACUGGCGUGCGUAGAUGGAAGUUGGGAAUGUACUUUUGCACAGUUGGAUAAAAUUCUGAAUGAUGCUGCUCGUCAUCCAGUUGACGGAAGAAUUUAUUUGCCGAUUGAUAACAACAAGGAAAAAUCCAAUGCCACCGCCGACAACCUACCCAUUGUGUUGGCAAAUUCUGGCGACGAGGCUAUAUUCCAUUGUCCUCUGCCACUGACUCCCAACAUUACGGUGAUGCCGGACAUUGCCUGGGCACAUAACGGUCAAGUGGUGACUGUCAACAGCAGCAACAGCAUUGAUGUCACGGCCCGCUAUGACGCUAGUCCCGCCGUAGAAAUUCCGGCAUCCGCCGCUACUCUGAUCCUGAAGAACGCCAAGUGGAGCGACCGAGGCGUAGUGGAAUGCCAACAGACGUGCCCAGAUGAGCCGCUGCGAUUCUGCCGGCUGCAAGCCUUCCGUCUGCGGGUGACGCCCACCGCCAGCGAACUCUUCCCAAUCCCGCUGCCUAACGUCACCGUUCGUCGGGCGGCGGAAGCUCGCUUGCAGUGCGUGACCAGCGUCACCCAUCCCAUGGAGCAGUUCGACAGUCACAUUGGCUUCAUUUGGCGGUUUAACCGGCAGUGGCUAGAGGCGCCCAAGAGGCACCCGCUCCGCGCCUUGAUAUUUAUUAACCCAGAAAGCAGCCAGCGAAGCUUUCGCAAAUACGUCCCGCCCGACGCUGUGGCACUGGAUACGGUGUCCGAGUACGGGGUGGAGUACAGUCCAACGGGCCGUCGCGCCACCACGCUGGUGUUGCCCAGGGUGCAGGCCCGCUCGACGGCGCGUAUUGAGUGCUGGGUGCGGCCGGAUUAUACGCGGGAGGUGUGGCUCAUGCAGACGGCCUACCUCCACGUUGUGUGAAUACCAUUUUCCGGGCGACAAAGGCGGAAUACCAGUCAGCCUGAAGAAGGGAGCAGAGUCGGUGAUGCUACUGGCACCGAAUGGACACGUACUGUAGUUCGGCUGACGGAAACCUAUCUCACCCUUAUCGGGAUCGCUCAUGAGCUGUUUUGCACAUACAGAAAUCACUUUUAGAAGCUCGGAUACCGACACCAUCUGAGUGGCGAUGUUGGACGAAGCAACAGACACGUAUUGUCCUUUUUGAAACGGAAAUGAUCGCGCCCGUAUACUUGAACUGACUGACAAAGUUAUCAGGCAUCCUUAGACCUUAAACGGUCUAAAUUUGAUGAAAAUGGUUACCUGUCGCUCAUUCUAUUGUACAUCCAGCAGUAGCGUUCUUCUACGGUUUGUCGUUUGUUGAAGCAUGUUCCCGCAAGCCGGCUUAUCGCUUAUAAUCGGCAAACGGGCCGACAGCAGAUAAUUUACAUGCACAUAAAUUAGUUUAACUCGAAUUGUGUUGCAUUAAUAAUUUAAUUAUGCUUUAUUUUAUGAACUAUUUUACCAUUGUUAGGUAAGCUAAUUUGUUCAAACGUACGAUGGU